UUCCGCAGAACCGUAUGAUGGCACUACUAAGAUUUAAGGGAGAUAACCAGCUUUGGUUUGUUCCAUUUCUUUCAGUCUCUUCGUGAACACCGUCCUCGUCAGAGCUUUAGCGAACAAAAUGUCACAACAAAAAGCAGACAUUGCUUUGAUUGGCCUAGCCGUGAUGGGUCAAAACCUUAUUCUUAACAUGAAUGAUAAUGGAUAUGUGGUGUGUGCUUUUAACAGAACUGUAUCAAAGGUUACUCAUUUUUUGGAAAAUGAAGCAAAAGGUACUAAAGUCAUUGGUGCAACUUCACUUGAAGAUAUGGUGUCCAAAUUGAAGAAACCUCGCCGAGUUAUGAUGUUGGUGAAAGCAGGCCAAGCAGUUGAUGAUUUUAUUGAUAAAUUAGUGCCCCUGCUUGAGAAAGGUGAUAUCAUUAUAGAUGGUGGAAACUCAGAGUAUCAGGACACAACUCGUCGUUGCAAAAGUUUGGAAGCUCAAGGUCUCUUGUACAUAGGAACUGGUGUUAGUGGCGGUGAAGAAGGUGCACGUCAUGGUCCCUCUAUAAUGCCUGGAGGAUCUCCUGCAGCUUGGCCACAUGUGAAGGAUAUUUUUCAAUCUAUAUCUGCCAAAGCUAACAAUGAACCUUGCUGUAACUGGGUUGGAGAAGAGGGUGCAGGCCAUUUUGUAAAGAUGGUACAUAAUGGUAUAGAAUAUGGAGAUAUGCAACUAAUUUGUGAAGCAUACCAUUUGCUGAAGGAUGUACUAGAAUUGUCUCCAGCAGAAAUGGCACAGGUUUUUGAUGACUGGAAUAAAGAAGAACUGAAUUCCUAUUUGAUUGAGAUCACUCGAGACAUUUUAAAGUACAAGGAAAAUGGUGAAUUUUUACUUGGAAACAUCAGUGAUGCUGCUGGUCAGAAAGGAACAGGAAAAUGGACUGCAAUAUCUGCUCUGCAAUAUGGAACUCCAGUUUCUUUGAUUGGAGAGGCUGUUUUUGCUCGGUGUCUUUCUGCAUUGCAAUCUGAGAGAGUGGAAGCUAGCAAGUUGCUAAGUGGUCCUAAAGCAUCAAAGUUUACAGGUGAUAAAAAGAAGUUUAUUACUGAUAUAAAACUGGCAUUAUAUGCAUCCAAAAUUGUAUCAUAUGCUCAAGGAUUCAUGCUAAUGCGGGAAGCUGCCAAGAGUCUUGGUUGGAAUCUAAAUUAUGGAUCGAUUGCACUUAUGUGGAGAGGUGGCUGCAUUAUUCGUAGUGUUUUCCUUGGAAAUAUUAAAGAUGCUUUUGAUAAAAACCCAAAACUUAAAAGUUUACUGUUAGAUGAUUUCUUCAAAUCAGCUAUUUCCAAAUGUCAGGAUUCUUGGCGUCACGUAAUCAGUGUAGCUGUUACAUCUGGAAUUCCAACACCAGCUUUCAGCUCAGCGUUAGCCUUUUAUGAUGGCUACAGGACUUCACAUCUGCCUGCAAAUUUACUUCAGGCUCAGCGUGACUACUUUGGUGCUCACACAUAUGAACUACGUAACAAUCUUGGACAUUUUGUUCAUACAAAUUGGACAGGAUCUGGUGGGCAAGUAUCUUCAACUACGUAUCAAGCUUAAUGCUUGGGAUUGUUAUAUUUUCAUUAUAAUAAACAAACAUCUUCAAAGUGAACUUAACUUUGUUAUACCAAUAUUAAAUGCAAUUUAGAAAUAAAGGUUUCAGUUUCUUGCUUUGCUCAUUAGCUAUUAGAAAUACAUGUUUAACAAUAUAUAUAUUUAUACAUUAAAAAUAAAACAUUAUUAUUUUUGAAAAAUAGAUACUUUUUUUUAAUAUACUUUAAACUGAACUUCAGAGGAACUUGGUUUUAAAUUUAUUUUUUAUCAAGCUCGUCAUAUUUGUCAAAAGAUCUUUUUAAAUAGCUUAAACCAUGACUUCAAUUAGUUUGAACAUAUCAUCCGAAUUGAAAUGGGAGGGUAACUUUCUAGGUGCAAUCCCAUGGUCUGCGUCGUGACCAAAGGGGGUCUCAGUAGUAUUAUUAUCAUUUAAUGAUUAAUUUGUUGCUAUAACAUAAUAAAGCUAAACAAUCAACAAAUAAGUUUUACUUUCUUGCUAUGAAUGAUAUUAACUAAAGUGUGUAGAAAGUGCAAUAUUGAAUAAGUAAGUAAAGGCUUUGGCUGCAGAAGAUCUGAAACAUUGAGUUCAGUCAAUUAGGUAUGUAGAGUAAACUUACAAGAAAUGGUGAAUUAAGAAAAUAUGCUGGCAUCAAAGGCAUGUUUUAUAUCAAAGUUAAUUGUUGCUUCCUGCUUGUAGGCUCAAUAGGCCUGGUAUGUAAACAACUGAGAGUACAAGCCUCUCCACAGAAAUGAUACAACUUUGUCAUACAUUUAGCCUUCCCUGCCACUCCAGUUGUCACUAGGACAUUUUCAACUGAGUGAGCAGAAGCAACAUGAAAUUAAGUGUUUUGCUCAAGUACAUAACACACCCCUUAGUCCAGGAGUCAAACCAAUGAUCUCCAAACCACUAGGAGCUGGGACAAUACAGAUAUAGAUAUGUAACAA